CGUAAUAUAAAAAUAUAAAAAUCAAGCGGCAAAAAACUACGUAGCUUAGAGAUAACCGGCAGGCAGUUCCGUCACGCAUUCGGAUUGGAACCCCCCCGCCCCUGAUCAGCUGCACCCGGCGGCGCUUGGCCGUUUUCACCGAACCGUCCGAUUGAGGGUUUGAUCAUAUCGUCAGACCUCCCAAAUUCGCCAAAUCUAUCAACAAUGAACGAGGUGAUUACGGCUGGAGAUGCCUCCUCAGCCCUAAGAUCCUACUCACUCCAACCGUCAGUCGGCCCUUCUAACCUGCCCAUGGCCACGGCUCUCCUCGCCUGCGCUCUGGCUCAGUUUCUAAAGGUCUUCACAACUUGGUUUAAGGAGAAGCGAUGGGAUUCUAGAAGGAUGCUUAGCUCUGGUGGAAUGCCUUCUUCUCAUUCUGCAACUGUUACUGCCCUUGCAGUGGCAAUUGGAUUUCAAGAUGGAGCUGGUGGAUCUGCAUUUGCUAUUGCAGUGGUUUUAGCAUGUGUUGUAAUGUAUGAUGCUACUGGUGUUAGGCAACAUGCAGGUCGACAGGCUGAAUUGUUAAAUCAAAUUGUUUGUGAAUUGCCACCUGAGCAUCCUGUGUCUAGUGUCAAACCUUUGAGAGAUUCUCUUGGUCACACACCUCUUCAGGUUGUGGCUGGUGCUUUGCUGGGGUGUUCAGUUGCAUAUCUAAUGAAAAGACCAAACUAAGAGUACUACAGAUUCAGCGUUUGUAUUCCUUCCUCAUUUACAGAACAGUACUCACAAAAUAUCAUUUACUGUGGCAAGUUUGGGCUCACUCGUUCACUGAAUGGGGUGUCUGGGGGCAGGGGCACACAGAAGGUUUUGGGAUUAGCAGAUUCUUCAAAAGAAAGAGGGAGAAGCUCACACUUAAAGAACAUUCUUGACGAUUCUAUAGAAUUGAUAUUUUCCCUAGACCUAUACUUGCAACAUCUAUUAUUAUUGUUAUUAUUGUUGUUUAAUUUUAAGAUCUCAUGUAAUUUGGUCUUCUGAUGAAGACUACGAAUCUCAGUGAAUUUAUACAUCAUUAGUUCUUCCUUCACA